ACCAGUAACCACAACGACCGCCCCAACAACUACCACAUUAAUUACAACAACAACCCCUACAUCAAAUACAACAACAACACAAAAUACAACCACAAUUCCCUCAACAACUACACCACUAACCACAACAACCAUCCCAACAUCAACAACUACCACACUAAUUAUAACAACCACCCUUACACCAAAUACAACAACCACACAAACUACAACCACAGUUCCAUUCACAACUACUCAGCUAAUUACAACCAGAAUAACAUCUACACCAGUUAGAAACAGUACUAAUUUCACAACAACUACUCCACUAACAACAACAACCGGUGAAACUACAACCUUAGUUCCCUCAACAGUUACUCCAACAACCACACAAACCACAACAACUACUCCACUAACCACAACAACAAGCAUCCCUACAACGACUACCACAAUCGCUCACACUACAACUCCCUCAACAACUACUCCACAGACCACAGCAACCAUAAGUACACCAAAUACAUCAACUGCACAAACAACAACCAUGACUACAAUAAUCACACCAGCAACAACAACAACAACUACUCAAUCCACAAUAUUUGCACCACUGACCACAAGAACUAUUCCUACAACAACCACAGAAAUGAUGACUACAAUUCCUCCAAUAACUACUCCACUAACUACAACUAGCACAACAACUUCACCAGUUACAACAACCACUACUCAUUCCAUAACAACAAUCCCUACACCAACUACAGCAACCAGAACAACUACAAUUCCCUCAACAAAUAACAGACUUUCAACUACCAUCCCUACAACAACAGCCUUAACUACAACUACAGUUCCCUCAACAACUACCCCACUGACUUCGACCAGCAGUACAACUACACCAGUUACAACCACUACUCAAUCAAUAACAACUACCCGACUCAGCACAACAACUAUCCCUACACCAACCACACAAACAUCCACAAUUUAUUCACCAACUUCCCUACCAACGACGCCUACACUAACAACAAUCCAACUAAGAACAGUCGUACCUACAACAACAACACCUCAAACUACAACCAUCGUCCCUUCACCAACUCCGACUGUUCUCCCUACUACUAUAACAUCAAGUCCAUCAGGGAUUUCUACAUCUGAAGACACAACUGAAUCCCCAACACCUGUAACUGGAGUCUCAAAACAAGGUGUUGUAGCUAUGAGAAUCAAGAUUUCCUCUGCGUCUCCACUGUCUGAGGACUUCAUCAGGAGUACCAUCAUACAACAGAUUAAAGAUGAGCUGGUGAGAAAAGGGCUGCCAUCAGACAUAACUCUACGCCUCGUCAGAAGUGUUCAACUGGGACUCACAACCCGAGCAACCCCUGUAAAUUAAGCCUGAAUAUUUUUAGGUACCUCUCAAAUUUACAACCUUAAGGUCAGCCUCUUUUGAGCAAACAACACUUCAUAAGCUUUUAUUCCUAACUUCACCUGAAGAUGACAUUAAUGCUCUGAAUUGGACAAUCUGAAUUAAAGGGGACCUAUCAUGCAAAAUGCACUUUCUGAUGUCUUUUAUACAUAACUGUGUCCCCGGUGUGUCAGGGAACUCACGCAGCAUCACAAAAUAAAACCCUC